GAGUAGCUGAGCCUACGGCGGGCGCCGAGGAGACCGAGACACGGAGCCCACGCAGUCCAACGUUGCAAUCGACCGAUGAUCAUGUUCUAUUAUCAGCGUUUGCUUCUUAUUAGAAAGCGAUAUGAUGAAUCCUAUUGUAGUUUCUGGUUAAGUUCGAUAUUAUCAGCUUUGCAAUUUUAUUAGAUUGUUGUUGUGCUUAACUAAGUCUUUAAGACAAGAUGUUUGAGUAAGAUGCAUUAAGUGAUAUUUAUGCAUUAAAAGUGUCAUUGGGAAAAUAGGGGGAAAUAGGAAGAGAGGAGAGUUGUCGAUAGACAUCAAAAUUUAUUUACUGCAAACCUCAUUCUACACAUUUUUACGCAUCAUCGACCAUAGUUCAUCAUCAUCAUGAUCCAAAAAUUAACUCCCACGCCUUUAACCUCACUUCGUGUAUCUCGUCACUUUAUUCCUGCGCACGGACUUAUCCCCAAUACUAGCAUCCAGAACAAACCGCUAUUACACUAUCACGAGGCUUUUUCUCCCUCAGCUCUUACCGCAUCUGCCAUAGAGUCACAUCUCACAUCGGUUGGCGUUGUGGAGCCUCAGUGGCGUUUUACAAUGUAUUCCACCACUCACUUCCACUCCACCACGCACGAAGUAUUGUGCGUUAGUAACGGAAAGGCGAAGCUCUGCUUCGGCGGCGAAGGCAAUCCCGGCAAGGUGGAGAAAGAGGUUGAGAAGGGCGACGUGUUAGUCGUACCGGCCGGUGUCGGGCAUAGGCUACUAGAAGAUCUUACAGGUGGAUUUGAGAUGGUGGGUUCCUACCCUAAGGGCUACCACUGGGAUAUGUGCUACGGCAAGAAGGACGAAGAGGCCAAGGUACAGGGUAUUAAAAACUUACCAUGGUUCGAGAAAGAUCCGAUCUAUGGAGAUAAGGGUCCCGUGCUCGAAAAUUGAACGUCGAGGGAAAAUGAUAUACGUUUUCGGUGACACCGUCUCUGUCUAAGUUUCUCCUUCGAGUGUCAUAGUUACGUUAGCGUUGGCGUGGUACGAAUGGCAUCACCGUAAGUCGAAAUCACUCAAGGCCUGGCCUGAGCGACCCAGCUCAUCGAUCAGACGGUCCGACGCCGAGCCCUCGGACUUGAAGGUCAAACGACUAGUGGACGAGGGACAGGGCUGUGCACAUAUCUUCAUCUCGCGGGAGUCGGCAGGAGAAGAAACAAGAUGGUCCAAUCGCAAACUAUUGCCUCGAUAGCCGUCUGCACAUACUGACGUGUAAGGGAAUGCAAAUGCAGACGUCAAAGAUGAGGCGUCCGCGUCUGCCUCGGUGCAAUCGUUGGCACUGAUGACCUGUGGGAGAUCUUGUACAACCUCUGUUACCACGAGCUGAUCAA